UGAUUGCCUGCUUUCUUCUCGAUCGUUUGUAUUGAAUUUUGAUUGCUGUCUUUCUGUUCAAUUUGUAUGGUGCAAGCUUUGUUGUUUCUUUUUUCUGCUUUGGAAAAGCGUCUGGCCAUUUUGAGCUAUUUGUUACCUCGAGAAAGGGCAAACAUCUAAUGGUGUAAGAUUACUGGUUUCCCCUUUUGUGUUGCUAUCCAUCUUUUUAUGGUCCUUUGGGGCGUGGAAGACUGCCCUGCCGUAAAGCAUUUAUUUCCCUCUUCUUUCAUUGUUUGCAGGAUGGUUAUCUUAAUUAUGAGGCGCUUUAAUAACCGCCGAGUGAUCUACUUUUUGCAAAACAACAAAAAAAUUGUUUGUUUUUUCAACUAUUUCUUGAGUAUUCCUAUGAAGAAGUGAAAUUUUUUGAUUUAUAAUUUUGGAAAAUCGUCAUCACCGUUAAUCAAACGGGUGAGAAUGAGGAUAUAUUUUCUUCAGUACAACUUUUUGUAUGCUGAAUAAGCCAGGUGAAAACUCGACAGUUUUGAUAAUAAUAUUCAUUCAUUGUUCUUGGUUUAAGAUUGUUGUGGUGAUAUGGCUUCGACUUGUAGAAACUGGAAACUGCUUUCUGCUCCUGUAUGAUCUUGGAGACAAUCUGAUGAGCCUCCUCUAUGCACUUGCUUAAAGCUUGUGUCUUGCUGCUUUGCAGGAAUGAGGUUAGGUAGUGUGUACUAUGAGCCAUUGAUGGCAUCUUCCAGCCACAAAAUUACUUCUAGACAGCGAUGGACUCCGUCGCCCGUGCAACUUCAGAUCUUGGAGCGUAUAUUCGAGCAAGGGAAUGGAACUCCUAGCAAGCAAAAGAUCAAAGAGAUUACCUCUGAACUGGGUCAACAUGGGCAAAUUUCUGAAUCAAAUGUCUAUAAUUGGUUCCAAAACAGGCGUGCUCGAUCAAAGAGGAAGCAGCAGGGUACAGCGCCUGCGUAUGGUGAAUCAGAAUUGGAUACAGAAGUCGAGUCGCCGAAAGAUAAGAAGACAAAACCUGUGGAUUUUCAAACUCCUCAAACCUCUGCACCUUUGGGGGAGAACAUGGGCUUCCAGAGUCCUGAGAUGCACUAUGAACUGCAUUUCCUGGAUCCAAACACCAACAAAGCU